AAAAUAAAACUACUAGGUACUAUUAUGUACCUACCUACUUUACGUCAAUCAAAUUCAUUUGAUAAACAUUUUCCUAAAUCACGCGAAGACCAACCAAGUGAGUGUAACAAUAAAAACCAUAAAUAAUAUUUAUGAUCGUGUGCGGUCUCGAAUACUACGGAAGAAUAAAAGCAAGAAUAUUGACGAUACAAAUACUAGAAAUAAAAUGGAAAAUCAAAACUCUUCAGGUACAUAUUAAUACGCAAUAACAAUAAAUUUGAUCUUCCUAUCUGUUUUCACAGUAGUGCGUAGUCGGUAAUAUAUGAAAAGUAUAACAUAGACCCUGAGUCUCUUGCUCAUAUUUACUUGGUGGAAUGGUGAAACUGCGUUCGGAAUCGUUGAAUAAUGAAUAUUAUAAAUGCUUUGCAGCUACAACUGGGAAUAUACAGGGAUCUUUAGGAAAUGUGGCCCCUACCGAGAAUACUGACAUAACAGUAACUUCUGUACCCAAAACAUUUGAGGAAAAAUCUGAAGAUACAGAGGAAAAUCGAAAAACUAAUGACGAAGCCGAUACCAUUAAUACAGAUGUACAAAAUACCUUAACACCUCAAGUUAAAUCUGGAGACAAAGAGGAGAACCAAAAAACUGAUGAGGGCUCAACAGUAGCAACGGAUGAAGAAAAAAUUUUAGCACCAGAAAUACCUGAAGAUUCUGAAGGAUAUUUUGGAAUGAAACCCUCUCCGUGUAGAUGGGACAUUCCUAAAACCAUCGACGAGCUUAAUGGGAGAGAAGGUAAGAACUUGGCGAGAUAUGGCAUUACGUACGUUUUUGAGGACAAAAAAGGUCAGCUUAUGCCCGGAAUAAUCGGCGAACCUGAAAAACCGAGUGGGAACUUUAAAUUCGGUAUUCAAAAUUCAUCAGAAGACAAUACUGAUGUAAGUGAAACAAAGACGAAACUGCGCGAUUUCAAGUUUGGCGAAACACCCCCUGAAAUCGAAAGACCUGGUACAAUGUCAGAGGAAAACGAGAAUUCAAACUUAGAAUUCAAUUUUGGCAUACCAGCCGGUGCUGCCAGUAAAAAUAAAGAUUCGUUGGAAGGUUUUAAAUUCGGCCAGUUGUCUGCAUACGAAUCUAUGAUGGAGGCCAUCAAGAAAGUAUCGGGUAAGAAAAUAAAAAACGAAAAACAAUAUUUGUGUUAAGACUAAACAAUGUUUUAUGAUACACAAAAAAACAUGACAGUUAAAAAUUUGAUGUAAUUCAAGUAAGUUCUGUGUGAGAUUUAUAGCGAUAUUUUCUAGAUUUUAAUAUUGUGUUAGAAAUGACAUAAACAAAAAAAAGCGGCCCGCUUGCAACUUUGUGCACGUGAAUGAAGUGAAACUUCUUUUUCGAUGUGUAGCAUUUAGUAGUUUUCUUCAUUUUUCAUCCUUAAAUCAGAUUGCUCUUGUAUAUAAUAGGGAAUGCUGUGUAUAAGAGUUGCGAUAUCUUCAACAUUUAUACUAUACAUAGAAAAAUAAAUAAAUAUAUAUUUCUAAAUACUUCAUUAAAAUAUUGUAUUGGACGCUACUCGUUGCUAACGCUCGCGCUGGCCUGUAACAGGUAUACUACGCGCGUGCGUUCGAGUGCCACGCAUUCACUCUCGCUGUGUCUCUUUCUGUUUCAUGGUAGCGUUAAAUGUUUAACGCAACCUUGUUGGAAGUCACAUUAGAAGUUUCACUUCAAAAAAAGCAACAAUUAAUGGUGGCAGUUUUAUAGUCUAAGAAUGUACCAGUGAAUACUUUAGUUGUUUUCUACAAGUACCACUGUCACUUAAAUGGGAGAGUUGUCGCUACGAUUGGCUGUCACCACACAACCGAAUGAUAUUAGAUUAUGAGAGGCACAACUAGAUAGGUACACUUUUGAGGUGUAUAAAUAAAUUAUUGUAUCGAUAAUCUACAGUCCUUGUAUCUUUGUUUUGCGAAUUCAAAUAGACUUUGUACUAUAUGUACAGUCAGUUACAGUCCUUUGUAGUUUGAUAUUUGUAUGAAAAAUAAGUUGUAGUCCUUCGUAGUUGGAUGUACAGUCAGUUACAGUCUGCUGCAGUUUUUCAUAUUUUUAUGAACAAUAAGUUGCAGGUCCUUGGUAGUUGGAUGUACAUCCAAUUGCAGUCCUCUUUAAUUGUAUGUAGUUAGUUGUAAUCUUUUUAGUUAUAUGUACAGUCAGCAGUAAAAUUUAGGUUCUACGAUCCUAUGAAUGUUUGAUAAUAAGUUAAUAAUACUAGAUGGCGUUUGUGGUGUUAUUAAUUACACGUCUAUUAAAUUUAUUUAUUUAUUAAAGUUUAAUUUUAAGUGGGUAGUGAUAUUGUUUAUCUGUAUCGUUGCCUAGAUGGCGUUAGUUGUUCAUACGAGUUUUACUGUACUACCCACGCACUUUUGCAGUUUACUGUAUUUUGUACGUAAUUGUUUUUUUAAAUCUUCUUCAAAUUUGUUUCAUAUGAAGAGAAUCAAGGGAAGCUCUUUGAAUAAUGUAUGUUUUAUAUCGCCAGUAAACUUUUCGUUUUUUUAAUGGAAUUGAAAACUUACAUGUUAUAUAAGUUAUUGCAUUUAUUCAUUUAUAUUGUGGAUAAUAUAACUUUAGACAUAAGUACUAUUGUACUCAGAAAAUAAUGUCGAUUUCUUUUUAUUGUAUAAAAUACACUAAAAGUAUUUUUAGGUUAGGAUUUAUAUAUACUACUAGCUGAGUCCGAUGCUACCCGUGGUUAUUGCCGUAUCGCGGGUGACGCCGGGGGCGAAGGUAGUCUAAAAAAGUAGCCUAAGCUACUCCUUAUAUCAUCAGCUACCUAUCAGUGAAAGUACUGUCAAAAUCGGUCCAGCCGUUCUAGAGUUUAGCCGGAACAAACAGACAGACAAAAUAAAAAAUAAAAAAGGUAAUUUGGUAUAUAUACUGUGUAUACAUACUUACGCAUUUAGUACCUAUAAAAUGUGGUUAUUUUAUUAAUACAAACAGUCACUCCAAUUUAAUUUUUUUCUAUAUAUGUACGGCUACAAAAAAAAAAACUAGCGUUCCUAAAGUCUUCGUCAGUUUAUGAAACUUUGUACAGUUGUUGUUAUCCCAGGGAAGGGUCCAGGACUUAUAAGCACGCACAGGCAUUGUGCGCCUAUUACUGCUUCGAAGUAUUCGUGGGUUUCGAACAGUGUGCUUAGUGCGAGUUUUUUUAACGUUUUUGCUAACGUAAAAGUUAGCUCAUAUAAUUUGCAUGGAGUGGGAUCGUUUGAGUACGUUUGCCGCUAGGGGCGCUGUUCCAAUUGCAUACAAAAUUGGCUUAACUUUUACGCUAUCGAGAACUUUAAGAAACUCGCACUAAGCGAACUGAAGUAUAAGAAACCUCUAUUACAAUACUAUUUAGAUUUUCACAUCGCUUCGUUUAUCAAUGGGAGUGGGAAUUAAAGUUAUGAUGUCUAUGAACUCCAGAGACCGUUUUAUACCAGUUUGAACAUUAGUGUGUAAACAUAUGAAUUACUGUGAUUAUAAUAACAAAGUAUUUACCAAAUGUUUUAAAGUUAUUGUAUAUUUAAAAAAUUUAAUGAAGUUAUUUAUAUCUUUAAAUGUUGUUGAGUAAAUAUUGUAUUAUAUUAAUUAUCAGUAUUGUUAUUUUUGUUAAUUUAAUUUCUGUUAAAUGUUAUAGUUAUAGUGAGAACGUGGCUUAUCGGCCGUAGACAAUUUUUUUUUCGUAGUUUGUCUACGGCUUUUGGUUACUCGACCUUUUAGUUAAUAUUGCCAUGCUACACUUACAGAUUAUUAUCGACUUUAAUUACGUGACGAGUUGUCAUAAAAAAAUGUUAUAUUUAAUACUAGCGAUCCGCCCUCGCUUCGCUUCGGGAAUAUUUAAUUUAUUAUUGAUUAUGCAAAUAAGAUGGCAGAUUUUUUUACUACUUACCGUUAUAUUUUGAGUAAUGAACACUAUAUUUUUAUAAAUUGUAGCCUAUGUGUUAUUGUGAUGUGUCAGCUAUAUUAUUGUAAAGUUUCACCAAUAUUCAGCUACAUUAUAGUAGUCGUCGUGGCCUAAAGGAAUAUACGUCCGGUGUAUUCGUAUGUAGCGAUGCACCGGUGUUCGAAUCCCACCGGCGGGUACCAAUUUUUCUAAUGAAAUACGUACUCAACAAUUAAUGUUCACGAUUGACUUCCACGGUGAAGGAAUAACAUCGAGUAAUAAAAAUCAAACCCGUAAAAUUAUAAUUUGCGUAAUUACUGGUGGUAGGACCUCUUGUGAGUCCGCACGGGUAGGUACCACCACCUAUUUCUGCCGUGAAGCAGUAAUGCGUUUCGGUUUAAAGGGUGGGGCACCCGUUGUAAUUAUAUUGUGAUCUUAGAACUUAUAUCUCAAGGUGGGUGGCGGUAUUUACGUUGUAGCUGUCUAUGGGCUCCAGUAAACACUUAACACUAGGUGGGCUCUGAACUCGCCCAUCCAUCUAUGCAAUAAAUAAAUAAAUCAAUGAACAACACAAUGGGCGGUCUUAUCUUAAACUUUUAGUUUCUAAUUAAAGAAGAACGCCUUGAUAUUUUUAUAGUUUUUUUACCUUUUUUAUAUUAAUUGCUAAUAAAUGGUUCGAUUAAA